AUGGCUGCAACCCCAGCCGACGUGAAAGAGUACCCCAAUUCCUAUGUUUUCGUUGUGGACAUGCCAGGGUUGAAAUCCGGAGAUAUUAAAGUUCAGGAUUGGGAAAUUCAUGAGGAAAUUACUCUGCCGGAGAAUGCGAAUACUGAUGCCAUUUCUGCUGUUUGUCAAGAUGGAGUUUUGACUGUGACUGUCCAGAAAUUGCCUCCACCUGAGCCUAAACCCUCUACAAAUCGACG